AUGACAAUUUUAUCGAUGCCCUGGACCUCAAGUGCUUGCCAAGCUCAGGCUGAUGCAGCCAGAAGAAAGUCACUCGACUCGUCUCGAACCUGCCGGCUGCUUUUUCCGCAGACCAAAUGUACCCCACGACUUGAAGCGGUUAUGGACUCUUCGCAGAUCGUGGAACGGAGGAUGAAGCAAUCCACACCUUAUCAUGUCGAAGACGGGUUGUGCUUGCGGGGCCAUACUGAGGGGAGCUUAGCGCUGAACGAUACCUGGGUCAAAGGCGACCCUGACGGGAAGAGCAUUGAAAUGAAGCCGAAGGACGUUUGCCGCGACUCAUUUGACUGCCCUCGGCACUGUUAUUCGAUUUCCCCAGCAGACGGAGACGAUGUCUACAACACGAACCAUCUAUACCUUCCCGCAUCCGAGCAGAACAGGGACGAAUUUCAUUGGAACAUCUCCAAGCCCAAGCCCCAGCCAGCAUACCGCGGCAUUUCUCUCCGUCUUCCCGAAAUCCAAGGUCGAUCUCUCGUCCUCUGCGAAACUCCGUCGUCUCUUUUCACGUCAAUUCGUCAUGCGAUGCUCGGUUGGCUCUCGAUGUUCCAGAAAGGCUUUCUCCAUCGUGACCCUAGCAUCAACAACAUGCUUGCCCUCGAAACAGCAGUCGAAAUACCUCCCUUCGAGAUCAAUCAUACCUUGCUUGCACACGGUUCGAGCAUGAAAGAUAUCGAAUUUCCCGCGGACCUCAGACGGGAGGACCAUGACUAUCGGGCGCAAGCAGAACGCGUCGAAAAACUCAUUCGGAUUUUGGAUGUGGGGACACAAGCGACUGGGAUUCUAAUCGGCAUCGAUGACGACGAGGCGGCGAAGUGGUUUGAAUCCAAUGCGCCGCAGAAGGCGUCGCGUUCAGGCACAAUCGAAUUCAUUUCGGCCCAACUCACGGACGCGAUCACCUUCAAAAGAACACAUCUUCGUUCACCUGUGGACGACCUCUACGCUUGCUUUUUUGUCGCUCAAUGGGCCGCGGUACAUCACAAUUCCACCGGCAUAUUCAUCGGGGAUUUGCGAACACAGUUCAACACCCACAGAGAGAUAGCGACGGGCACAAUCAAGGACCUUUGCUAUAGGCCCGGAUCACAAGAUUUUGAGGACUACGGUGGCUUCCUCUGCAAAUGCGGGCCUCUCUUUCUAAGCUGGGACGACAAGAUAUCCAAUAUGAGACGCAGCUACAAAUACGCACUGCGGUACAUCUCCGACAACGAAGAGCCCCUGAAGUCGUUGUUCAUCACUUACGCUUUUCGCGGAGUUGCCGACUACAUGGAGGUCUUGGCGGAAUGGAAGGAAAGUCAAUCCGCCUGA